AUGGCAUGUAUCCCCAACCUCCCCGUCGCACUCUCGUCUCCGCUUCUUCCCAUCCGGGAGGCCAUCACCGACGCUCUCUCCCGGUGUCUAGUCGGCCUCAACACCAACGACCCAGUACUCUUCAACUCGGCAUUCACACAGGACGCCACCUUCGAACUCAAUGGAACCGUAUCCCAGGCACUACCGACCAUUCGCACAGACUGCUACGACAAGGUCUCGCAGCUGGACACCACACACUUCGUCAGCAAUAUGCAUGUCGACCGCGCGGAGAGUGGGGACAACACCACGAAGAUGACCGCGACUUCUAUUGGGCGGCAUUAUCGCGAUGGGAAGGGACUGAAGCAGGGUCAGACGAGACUGUUGACAGGGAAUUUUUAUUGGAUGGACCUGAAGCCCCACAUAGCUGCCCUAAGCCCUAAGCCCCAAGUUGCCCAAAACGGCGAUCGCGAAUCUUGA